AUGCAGGAGCCACGGGGUCCGUCAACGGUAUCGGCGGCGAGCACUGUCGGAAACGAAGCGCGCUGGCGCCGGGAAGAGAUGGCGCUGCUCGAGAGCAUCAUGCAGACCUCGUACCCGGGCUGGACUGAGACGACGGCCGUGGACUGGACGGCCGUCGCUGCUCAAGUCGGCUCGCGCGACGUGUGGCAAUGCAAGCAAAAGUGGAUGCGAUCGCUGCGGCCAGGGCUCAACCUCGGCCCGUGGAGCGACCAGGAAGACCGGCUCUUGAUGGACGUCAUGGCGGCGCUACCGUCUCCAGCCCGCAUCGACUGGCGCCAAGUGGCCUACGACCUGGAGAAAUCCAACUUUCGACGCAGCAUGAAGCAGAUCAAGGAACACUGGGAAGAUCACAUCAACCCAGCGAUCGUGCCCAUCCACGAAGUGCCAUUGACAAAGGCCGAGCUAGCGAUCAUCCGCGAGACCGUCAUGGCUUACCCGCACUCGGGGAAGCUCUGGGUGCUGCUGAUCCGCAACGUCAACGACGUCAUCAGGACCAAUGCGGAUGUGAUGGCCGAGCUUCUGAGCGGCCGUGGUCCCGGCGGCCAAAAUCUGACACCAGUGCGCUCCAAGAGCGACCUGAAAAAGUCGCUUCAGAAAAUGGUCACGCGCAUUCAGAAAGAGCAGGCAGCGCUCGCACCCGCCCCGCCGUCCUCCGACUCGACUUUGUUUCGGAAGACCACAUUGUGGGAGACCCCCGGACGGCUCUCGGUCAAGCGUCGAGCCAAAGCAUCUUCGCCUGCAAAGCGGCCAGCAGCACCGAUAUUGGAGCCGGCCAUGAACCGGGGCGCAUUGCUCGCUCCUGCGAUCGCCGCCGUGCACGCGGCUAGCCGAGCGAUGGGCUGCUCUCUCGACGAGACGCUCGCGCUUCUCCGAGAGGCGAUCGCAGCAUCCGCGCCAGACCCACCGACAACAGAGGUCACGACAUCGUUUUUACGACUACCACCCGCCGAACCAUUGCGUGACGCAGAUCCACGGAGCGACGAUCUGUCGCCGGCGCAGCUGCUCGUCGGCCUGCGCACGUCAGACCCUGCAACGAUAGCAUGAGAUCAAUGCACAUUUGGCAUGUUUAUACCGCUG